CCAUGCAGGUCCGAAAGUCCCUCAUCAUCUCUGUCAUAGCAGUCUGUGCGCUGCUUGCAUUGGUCGUCGGAAUAGUACUUUGGAAAAGAGGGACUCCUGAGGAUGCUGGUACCACUAGUAGUAGAACCAGCACGCUUAUUCCGCUUAUUCUGCUGCCUAAUAAUACGCUUGGUGCCAAGUGCCUGGAUGGAAGCCCUCCGGGAUACUAUUUCCGCGCCGGCACUGGCUCGGGGCGCCAGAACUGGCACAUAUACCUGCCUGCAGGCGGCUGGUGCGUCACUGUCACUGCAUGCGCGCAGCGUGCGCGCACACUGCUUGGGACGACAAGAGGAUACCCGAAGCAACUCAAUGACUCUGAAACGUUUGCCGGUGUGCUGAGCUCCAACGAGCGAAUCAACCCCCUCUUCCACAACUGGAACCUCGUGAGGCUCCUCUACUGCGAUGGGGGCGGCUACGCCGGCACGAGAGGGCGGAUCAACCUCACAGACAGCUACUCUCAUCCGAGCACCGCUGGCACUUCGCCAAAAUCAGUGAGGAUCGCCCUGGCAACGAAUGUGAGCUUGGAGGCGGAUGGGUCAACGGGGUCAACGGGGUCAAACCUGACGUUGAAACAUCAUUCAGCCAUCUACCUGGACGGAUGGAACAUCAUUCAGGCGGUGCUGCAAGACCCAUCCGCAUCCACCCGAUGCCUUGUAGACGCUGGCUUUUUCCUAGACACAAGGGAUCGCUUUUCAAGGCGCACCUUUCAAGCGCUGGCGCAGAAAUUGACAUUGCUGCAUCGUCCGGUCAACCCUACCUGCUCCUAUG